UUAGAAUAUUAAUGUUAUACAUUUACGUAUGUAUAAUAGAAUUUUGAACAGCAAAAAGUAUAACGUAUACUCACUUACUAGAUUCUCAAUGUACGUAUAUUGUGAAAUAUACAUGAAAACAAACUAGAAAACAUGACGUCUGUAAAACGUAAGUAUAUGCAUAUAUUCUUAUUAUAAAUAGUAUUAUAUUCUAAAGAUAUGGCUGUAUAUUAUUUAUAUAUAUAUAAUUUAGUAUAUAAUAUAUAUAUAUAUAAUGACGGGCGGAAGAAAGUUUAAAGGAUAUCACUUUAUUAUAAUUUUAAGAAUGAGAAUUCUAUUCUACAAAAACAAUGAAUAGAUAUAUUUCAAAAUAGACGAUUGUUACUAAUCAUACUACAUUAUUGCCAUUAUUGAUUGCAAGAAUUUAUAUUUACAUAACUCUCCCUGUCAAAAUUUUAUUUUAAUAAGAUAACCUUUCAGGGUAAUAUCGUGUUUUAUAUACAUUAUUUUUUAAAUACAACAUAAUAACAGAGAGAAAACGAGAGUGCUCACGGUUAUGCUUCUGGUUGUUCCCGGACUAGUGCUACACCAUGCGGCGAAGUGCCGAAGGUCGCACAAGCCAGCAUAUACAAAACCCAAUAAAAUUAGGGAUGUGCUCUAUUUGAUUGUAUGCUAGCAUAGACAGGAACCUAUUAAGUUCAACGCUACAAGAACACUUGCAUUUUAGCAUUUUAGUGACAUUUUAGGAUUUAGAAUAACAUAAUUACAUAGUCCUUUUUCAAUUCAAGAUCGAAUAUCGAUAAGCCAACAAUAGAAUAAUAAAUCUUUUAUAUUAUUGGCCCUUUUUUAUGACUUUUUUAUCAAUAUGCCCGUAAUAUUUUUUAAUUAAAAUGAUAUGGUAUUGUAAGCGAAUUUCAAGGAAAUAUAACUAUUAUUUAUAUAAACGCAUCCCGAUUUAUCCAAGAUGCCGCAUUUAUUCAGGAUGGUCUCAGAUAGAAAAGUAGGUACGAACAUUUCCGUAGAGCCGUACAAUUAAUUAGGUUCUUGUAGCAUGGAACUCAAUAGGCUCUUGUCUGCGUUAGUAUGUAACUAAACAAGGCAGAUUUCUAACUUUAAACUUAAAUACAUAGAUUCUUGUAUACGCCAGCGUGUUCCACCUUCAACACUAUACCGCAUGGGGCAGCACCUGUACUGUGAAACAACCAGAAGUACGGGGGUGAGCACUCUCAUCUCCUCUCUAGUUCUAUUGGAACGCGUCGUGAUCGCUGACAUUAUGUGCGCAAUACAGAUGCGCGAUGUGAUGUCAACAACGUGUGUGUAAGAUGUAAAUUGUGCCUUUUACGUUGCACAUGUUAGUGGAAAUGUGCAUAUUUUAUUAUUGUUUCUCUGCUAAUGGCGUGAUUCUGUAAUUUUCGAUUUAUGAACAAGUAAGAAACAUAUCGUAACAAAAAAUAUUGAUUUCGAAAGUUAAUAUAAUUUAUGACUUUUAGGAUUAGCAUUUUAAUGAUUAUUUUGGUUGUCACAUUUGAAGAUAAAAUAUCAGCUAUUUGAAGACAAAUUUUUUAAAUAAAAGUGUUGUCUGGAACCGUAAAAUAUAUAUAAAUAGCCAAAAUAUAGCAUUAAAAGGGUACUUAACCUAACAAUUUUCUAAUUAUUGCCUGAUUUUCUUUAGGCUGUAAUCAAUUUAAUUUUUCAAAUUUAAAGUUGUGACAAGAUCGAAAUAACAUGGCUGGUCAACAACAUCCAUUUCCAUCUGGGUUCCCUAGUGUACAACAAUCUGCAAUGAGAACGCAGUUUGGCGGAGGACAGAUGGUAUCUGGCUUAAUGGGGCCACAACAAGGUAGUAUGGUAAAUCCACAACAAUUUGGAGUUGGUGUAGGAGUUGGAGUUGGUGUAGGUGGAGUAGGCUCUAAUACUAUGGGUAUGCCCAGUGCUCAACAAGUAUUAGCACAACAGCAACAACAACAACAAUCAGUUGCAAUGCAACAACAAGUACAACAGAUGCAACAGCAACAAUUACAAUUACAACAACAGCAACAAGCUGCAAUGGUACAACAGAGUAAUCAAGCAGGCAACCAAGCUGCAACACAACAAACUCCUGUUCCACCUACGCAACCACCACCUCAACAACAACAACACAAUAAAGAGUUUAACACUGCUAGUUUAUGCAGAUUUGGUCAAGAAACUGUACAAGAUAUUGUUAGUCGCACUCUGGAAGUCUUCCAAACAUUGAGAGUUCUUCAACCCCCAAAUGGCAUGGCACAAGGUGCAAAUUUAGCUAAUGAAAAAAAGAACAAAGUACAAGAACAAUUAAGGACACUUAAGUUAUUAUUUAGACGUUUGAGAGUAAUUUAUGAAAAAUGUAAUGAAAACUGUCAACUUCAAGGUAUGGAAUAUACGCAUAUAGAAAGUCUAAUUCCUUUAAAAGAGGAAUGGGAUAUGAAAUCCGAUGAGAAAAAGACUUCUGAAGCCUACAGACUUGCUUGUGAGGAAAGUAAAGAAAUCAUGGAACAAGUGGUAUUAAAAAAUAGACAUCUUAAAGAAAUCAUUGAUCACUUAAGACGUAUUAUUUCGGAAAUAAAUACAAUGUUAAAUAUGCGUCGUUCGUGAAUUGUAAAAUGUAAAUAAAUAUUUAUAUAAGUUACUAAAAAAAAAGUUGAAAAAUAAAAGUAUUCUUUCCUAUGUAACA